CAGAGGGCUUUAAAUUUAAUCGUCUGCGGAAAUAUAUCGUGAUUUGGUAUCCCAUUGUCCAAGAAUUGUUAACUAUAGAAAAAGAAUUUGAUGAGUGGAAAAACAGCAAAGUUGUUUGUUGGCAAUCUGCCACAUGAUGCAAAAUCAACUGAACUUCGAGAAAAGUUUUCUAAGUUUGGUGAAGUUGUUGAGUGCGACAUAGUUAAGGAGUUCGCUUUUAUUCACUAUAAGACAGACGAAGAAGCACAGGCAGCAGUUAAAGGCCUUCACCAAACUGAAUACAAUGGAAAAUUAAUACGAGUGGAGAAAUCAACAAGCAGAGUAAGACAAAAACCAGGAAUGGGAGGUGAAUCCCAAUGUUUUCGAUGCGGUAAAGACGGUCAUUGGUCAAAGGACUGUCCAAGUAGGACACUAGCUGAGAGGAAGAGAGCUGCUGAUAAUCGUGGCGGUCGGGGAGACAGUAGAAGUAGUUAUGAAAGAGGAAGAGAUAGUUAUAGAGGAAAUGGAGGAAAUGCCGAACAUAAUAGAGGACCACCGAGACAGUAUGAUCUAUAUGAAAAUUAUUUGCCUCCAAAAGGCAGCGACGGAAGAUACAUUAAUAGCGGGUAUGCAGGAAGUUAUGGGGGUGAACGAUAUCAUCCGUAUGGACCUCGGGGCCCUUUUGGUCAGCAAAUGCCACCCGGAGCUAGUUAUGGUUACAAUAAUAUGGGAACCUCUCCCGCUAAUCCAACACCAUUAAUGGGAAGUAAUCCUAAUAUGGGCUAUAAUAUGAUGGGUAAUAUGGGUCAAAUGAAUCCUGGUAAUAUAAGCAGCAUGAGUAAUAAUAUGCAACAAAUGGGAAGCAAUUUAAACAAUGGUAGCACGUAUAUUGGGCCUGUAUCAUCAACAUCAAACUUACAAAGCAGUAAUUAUUAUUCGGGCAAUAAUCCUAUGAGUUACGACAUGUCAAACAAACUAGCGUUAGGUCAGGGAAACGCUAAUUUGGGUAAUCUUAGUUCUUUGACAAGUAAACUAGAUGCUCAAGGGGCAUCAGCCCUUAAUGAAUUAGCGGGCUCUUUGGCAUCUCUGACUGGGAAUGCUAAUGCGGCAGCAAACUCUAUGGGAGGUGGAGGAGGAGGUGGAGGUGGUGGAGGACAGUCAACUUUCUCCAGUCAGCCAUACGACUACUUCAGCAAGUAAGUUAUCAUGUAGACGGUUAGAUAUCUUUAGCCCUGUUUUAUAAACUUCGAAUACCCCAAUCACAAGACUUUUGGCUAAUGCAAGAAUGAAUUAGAACCAAAAGGUGUGAACAAGAGCGACAAUCAAAAUAUCGUUUCGUAAAAAAUUGCUUUUCUUCAGUGUAAUACUAAUUUUGAACAUUUGUUCAAAUAUCGACCUUCACCGUGACUAACUGCGACAAAAUCACCGUUAAAGAGCUUAAUUUAUUAUAACACUUGCGAACCUAUGUACAUAUUGCUAAGUUGAAGUUAAAGGCUUAAAUAUUCUGAGCUACUGUAUCCCUGAUUUUCCCUGCAUAUCAUUCGCUUGUUAAUGUCUCUGGGUUUCUGGUAGCCUGAUUUUACUUUCCGUUCAAGUAAAGUUAGGCUAAAUGGGCUCUUAAGUUUAUCGAAAGUGUGUAAUUUUUGAUAUUAAGAGAUAUUACUAUACACUAAAUGCUUAAUAUUUAUAAUGAUUGGGGUAAUCAGUUAUUGAAAUUGGGCCUUCUUUUACUAGUGUAUUGUUAAGUUAAAAACUUCGUAAAAAUUUUUGAGCAGCUCAAAUUUUAAGAAUUCAUACUUAUUUUUAAUUUACAGCCUCACUAGAAAUCCGGGCCCCGGAACUGGGCCAAACGCAAAAUAAACUAAGACUAAUCGGCGGUUGCGGACAUUUGACGGUGUGACACAAAUCCGGCGUCGCUGCGUUACUUUUCGCGUACGCUUUGCCCUUCGGUUCGAACUGUAAAGUAUCGGUAUCUUUUUUAUCAAAGUUGUAUUGUUGUAUAUUAUUAAAUCGCAUCGCAUCGUUUAGAUCUUAUAAUAUGAUUAUUUUUUUUUUCGUUGAAAUAAAGCGUAAAUAUAUUUAAAAACGGUUAGAACUUUAAUUUAAAGUUGUUCGGCGGGAGACGGAGAUACAUGUGUUUUCUAUUCGUUGCGCAAUCCGGACUGGAAAUGGAUGUUUGAAGAACUAUCGCGUGAUACAACGGUAAUCAAACCUCCCAGUCUAUUCGCUAUAUCUUAACAAAAUUUCCUUAAUUAUAGCAUUAACGUUGAAUAAAAUUUGUAUCUUGUUUAUAUCAUGGCUAAUUGCAUUUUUUUCAAAAAUUUCUACUGAAACUAGAAAUUCUUGACAUCGUCAUCAUUUUUAAUUUAAGCUGGAGAAGGUAUUAAGUCGAAAUGCAAUCUUUUGUUUCUUUAAAUACAAUAUGAUUUCUGUGCAUUCGCUGAGCUAAAAAUUCGAAUGUUCUUCCAUUAUAGUAGAUCUGUAAUUUGUGUUGUAAAAUAAGGGAAAUUUAUAGCAUAGUUGCCUCUUCGAAAUUGCUUAUGACCUGAAUUGCGGUGGUUUUUAUUUGACUAUAACGCGUUUGUGAGCUUAAAAGCUUCAUAUGACACUUUACGAAUAGACUGGGAUGAACCUCUAUUUAUUGAUGUGAGUCGUGCACAUUUUGUUUUGACGCUAUACCAUUAGGUAAACUAAUUUUAUUUUUUUAGUUGAAUAUAUUUCGAGAAAUUAUUAUAUCAGAAACCGCUAAAGCAGUCAAUAUUUGUGCGUCAAAUGGUGCAAAAGAAAUUGUUAUUUCCCCCCCACUGAUCUUCUUUCUACCUUAUUGAUUUCUUUAUUAUUAACAGGGCAUAAAAGAUUUGGAACAAAGAUUAAUUAAGGCUACUGCAGAUAUAUAAGCCACCCCGCAUAGAUUGGAGUCACCAAGUAGAUAAAAUGUUACUCUGCUUUAGAGCCAAAAUUUGAGAGAGCUUUGGGGAUGGUUAUCAAUCAUCACACGCUCAGAAAUGGAAGUGAUGAAAAGCCAGAAUUUUAAGACAUGAGAAGAUGAAGAGAACUAUAAUUAGCUCUUAUUAUGACUUUAAUUUUAAAAGAUCAAUAAAUUUUUAAAAUCGUUAUAAAAGUACAAAGUUUAAAUAUACUCAUACUAUUAAA